AUGGUGUUGCUUCCAAAGGCAAGGCACGACUGGAUGCACCUAAGAUUCUUAGACUAUAAGUCAGUGGAUGAGUACAAUUCAGCCUUGUUCAAGAUAGUUUCAAUACUAAGUCUUUGUGGUGAAGAAGUAUCCGAUAUGAUGAUGCUUGAAAAGACCUAUACGACUUUCAAUCAGUCGAAUUUUGUAUUGCAAGAGCAAUAUAGAACAAAAGGUUUUGCCACAUAUACUGAUCUGAUCUCGUGUCUACUCUUGGCCGAGGCAAACAAUGAGCUCCUAAUGAAGAAUAGUGGAGCCAAACCGGCCGGGACAGCACCAUUACCCGAAGCCCAUGAGGUUGAAAAGAAAGAUCCCAAAGAGACCUACUACGCCCAAGACAACAGGAAACCAUACGGCAAUGGCCGUGGUGGAUACAAGAGGCGUAGGCGUGACAAUCAGAACGGUCGAGACAACUACUCAACCGGCCGAAAAGGAAACCACAAUAACCGUGGUCGUGGUUCCAAUUACGGUCGGGGUCGAGGCAGUUACGGCCGUGGACGAGGAUAUGGAUAUGAUGCUGACAAUGAAUCCGACAAAGAUAACAAAGAUGACCUAAUGGAUUUCGAGACAUCCGAUUGUCUCAAGGACUAG